GGCUGUGGCAGAGAGAGAGAAUACUCUAUGCAGAUUGAAAACCACUAGGGCCCAAUCAGAUCCAAUUAGGCCCAGAUUUAAUCAUAGGGGGAGGAUGUGCGCGGAAAGAGGAGAUGGACGCAGCGUAUUCGUGGCUCCGCCGGAGUGUUUCCAAGCUCAAAAACACCACCGCGCCGUCCUCCGCCGCCGCUUCUGAUAAUGGAAGAGAUUACAAUGGUAAAUUACAGGAAGAAGAGGAGGAGAAAUUCUACGGAAUAACCGACAAAUUGAUCGAAUUUAUAAAAUCCUUUUCCAUUGAGACCUUCAGGAACUUCUCUCUUCCAGAUGAAGAUGGAAAUAAUUGCGACGGCGCUAACUCCGGGAAUUUGCGGAAGGAUCUGACCGAUUGGCAAGAGAGACAUGCCAUGCUUGUUCUUUCCAAGGUCAAGGAACUUGCUCAGCUACGGUUCAAGCUAUGCCCCCGUUAUCUGAAGGAAAGGCAGUUUUGGAGGAUAUAUUUUAAACUUGUUGAGAGCUACGUGGCCAGGUACGAACUACAUGCUAUACAGUUAGCCAAACUCAAACAAUUAAGAACCGAGGACGACUCCGUCUCCAAAAGUAGCACCUGUGAAGUUGAAAUGUCUGAAGCAAAGUUUGAUGAUUCAAAAACAUAUGAAUAAAAUGCUCCAAGGCGCCAAAUACAUUGCACUGCUGCUCAAGAGUAACACGGCAUUGAUUCACAUGGAUGUUCAUCGGGGAGGGAAGGAAUAGGAUCCCUGCUGGUGGACGACUAUCUGGAAGAUUGUAACCCAACCCUAGAAUCCUUUAUUGUUCAACUCCCAGGUAUGUCUUCCAUGCCACCUGAGCUUUUUUAUGUACUGUAUUAAGGAUUCGGAAUGUUUUUUCUGGUGAUUAAUUUAUGCUGGAGAUGGUAAUUGAUGCUGUGUUUUUGUUGCUUGAGGAGCUAAGUAGAAACUUUGAAAUGUAAAUAAGUAAAUAAUGUACUUAGGUUUUGGUGUGAGUUUUUCUCCUGCUGCACUAAAAUAGUGAUGAUGUCCUGUUGGAAUGAUUUUCUGUUAUAUGUUGCAGCUGAUGAAUGAAAUUAUUAAGUUCUAAUGA